AUGCCAGAAGUAGAAGUAAGUUUCUUCAAUUACUACAAUCAAACGUUGUCGUUAUUGGUGUACAAAAACCCAGAAGCAGUAGUGGAAUCUGUGGCACGCUACGAUUCUGAUCUGUAUCCUAAGUUAAGGUCAACUACAACCAAGGGGUUCUUUGACUGGCUCAGACGAAUGAUUGUCUAUAAACAUAAUAAUUUCAUUCCCGACUCUCUUAUUAGAAGCGUAUUGAUAAAGAAUGCCAGUUUUGUUGAUGAUGAAGCGUUGAAUUUGGGAGUUGAAGUAGUGACCAACCAACCUUUUGGUCUUGUUUGGUAUCCCAUUGACUAUCGGUACUUGCUUCAGUUGGAAAAGCUAGACGCUGUUAAGAAUUGCAGUUAA